AUGUUGGAUGCUAAUAAUUGUUAUGUUGGUGCCUUUCGAUCAGCACGUGAGAGACUAGAAGUUUCUGGUGCUGGUCGGCGUAUGAGAUUGGUUCUCGCAAGUGGAAGGUCCACAGAUGGUAGAACAUAUAAUCUUCCAACUGAAAAUGAUGUAGCAGCUUUAAUUCCUGGGGAUUUUGAAAAAUCAAUGGAAAAUCGAGACAUUAUCCUUGAGAGUAGUACCGGAAAACUACAAAGAAUAAGUGAGCUGCAUCCAGCUUAUUUGCCCUUACAAUAUCCAUUGUUGUUUCCCUUUGGUGAGGAUGGUUUUAGAUUGGGCAUAGACAUCGGCUUCCUAGAUAAGAAAGGGAGGAAAAGGAAAACGAUAACCAUGCGUGAGUUUUUUGCGUUUCGUAUACAAGAGAGGUUUGGUGAAUCUCCGAUCAUUUUAAUGUCUGGAAGAUUGUUUCAACAGUUUUUAGUUGAUGCAUACACUAUGAUAGAAUCAAAUAGACUUCGCUACAUUUGGUUAAAUCAAAAGAAUCUUCGAUCUGAACACUAUGAUAAGAUCGUUGAUGCUGUGGCCAAAGGAAAAGGUGAUCUAUCUGAACAGGGUAAGCGGAUCUACAUACCAUCUUCGUUUACAGGUGGUAAAAGGUACAUGAUGCAACACUACUUGGACGCUAUGGCCACUUGCAAGUAUUAUGGUUACCCAGAUUUUUUUAUAACAAUAACUUGUAAUCCCAAGUGGCCAGAGAUAACACGAUAUCUGCAGAAACAUGAUUUGAAAACAGAAGAUCGUCCGGAUAUAUGUUGUCGUGUUUUUAAGAUGAAGCUUGAUAAUCUGGUUGAUUAUUUGAUGACCGGAACAGUCUUAGGUGAAAUCAAUUCGGUAAUGUAUACAAUCGAGUUUCAGAAGCGAGGUUUGCCGCAUGCUCAUAUGGUAGUCUUCUUGAAACCAGAAUCUAAGUUGCCGACAGGAGAUGACAUUGAUCGGUUUAUAAGUGCUGAGAUACCAGAUAAAGAGACAGAGCCGUAUUUACAUGAAAUUGUUAGUGAUUUGAUGGUACACGGUCCAUGUGGUGCUGCUAACAUAAAAAAUGUAUGCAUGCAAGAAGGCAGAUGCACCAAAUAUUUCCCAAAGUCUAAUAGCGCUAUUACAAAAAUUGAUGAUGGUGGUUAUCCAAUUUAUAGACGUCGAGAUGAUAACAGGGUCAUUAGGAAGAAGAACUUCGAUUGUGAUAACAGAUAUAUUGUUCCUUAUAACGGCAAUCUAUUGAAACGAUAUCGAGCACACAUUAACAUUGAGUGGUGUAACCAAACAAGAUCAAUUAAGUAUCUUUUCAAAUACAUCAAUAAGGGAUCAGAUUAUGUUAGAGCUACAGUUGAGAGUGAAGAUGGUAAUGAAGAAGUCGAGGACGAGGUGAAAAAAUAUUUCAGUUGCAGGUACAUAUCUGCGUGUGAAUCCACUUGGAGGAUUCUUGCUUUUCCUACACAAUAUCGCUCAACGCCGGUGACAAAGCUUUCCUUCCAUCUGCCUGGCCAACAGUUUCUUGUUUAUAAUGAAGAUGACCCAAUAGAGGAAGUGAUAUCUAAAUGUACUAUUAGCCAGUCUAAGUUCUUAGCUUGGAUGGAAGCAAACAGAAAAUAUCCAGAGGCACGUGAGUUGACAUAUGCUGAUUUUCCUACCAAGUUUGUUUGGGUCUUGAAAACAAAGGAAUGGAAACCACGUGAUAGAGGAUUUGCAAUAGGGAGGAUAACUUAUGUACCGCCGUCUUAUGUCCAAGCCUAUUAUUUGAGGGUUUUACUCAAUAUAGUAAAGGGUCCAAGAAGUUUCGAGGAGAUCCGAACGGUUAAGGGGAUUGUUUAUCCGUCAUUUAAAGAUGCAUGCUAUGCUUUGGGUUUGCUUGAUGAUGAUAAAGAAUAUAUUGAGGCUAUUAAGGAGGCAAGUUUAUGGGCUUCUGGGAAGUUUUUGAGAAGAUUAUUUGCUGUGAUGUUGCUCUCUAACAGCGUUGCAAUGCCAAUCGAUGUAUGGAAGGCAACAUGGGAUAUACUAACCGAGGAUAUUCUUAUAAGGAAAAAAAGAAAAGCAAAGAAUCCAAAUUUCACACUAUCCAAUGACCAGCUGAAGAAUAUUGGUUUGGCUAAGAUAGAGAAAUAUCUGCGUAGGAAUAAUAAUUCUCUGUCUAACUUUGAGAAUGCUCCUUUGAAAAAAGCUACGAUCGGGAAAAGUUAA